UGUGGCUCGGUGUGACAUAGAGAGCUUAGCUAUUCAGAAAUGAAGUGGAGUAUCUGUUUUCUACUGUUGUCUGCUUCUUUAUACGCAAGGGCAACUAACGACACCUCUGAUACCAUGGAAGAAAGGUUGAAAGCACUGGAGCUACGCUACCAAUUGGCGAGAAUAGCAAACAAUAAAGACUCUUUCGAGAAGAUGCCAACAACCCUAGCACGAAGCAAUACAACACCUAGAGCUGUAAAAAAACCUAAGCCAACAACCUACGCAUCGUGCAAAGAAACACCAGCCAAAGUGUCGGGGGUGUAUCAGCUCCAUCUUAACGACGACAGUACACCGUUUAAUGUCUAUUGUGAGCAGGAGAAGUUUGGAGGCGGCUGGAUCGUGGUGCAACAUCGCUUCGAUGGUUCGGUUGAUUUUUACCGGAACUGGACCGACUACCGAGACGGCUUUGGUGAGUUGGACAAUGAAUUCUGGCUCGGACUGGAAAAGAUUCAUCAAAUAACAUCGGCCCGUAAACAUCAACUGCUCAUCGAGAUGAAGGACUUUGAGGGCAACUACACGUUUGCCCGUUACUACGAGUUCCAUAUAAACAACGAGAGUCUUAAUUACCGUCUCAACAUUCUGGGAUCGUAUACUGGUACUGCUAGCGAUGGAUUAUCACAUCACUUGCGGAAGAGAUUCUCAACGAAAGAUCGAAUGUACAACAAUGCGGGAGCCAGCGGACCAGGGGCAGAUUAUUACCUCGGUGGCUGGUGGUACGGUAUAACCUCCACUUCUAAUUUGAAUGGGCCGUACAGGUAUGAUAUGGAUCCGAAAACAAUUUGGUGGUAUCAUUACAAACGCCAAAAAGGACUUAGCUUCACUAGGAUGAUGGUCCGGGAAUAUUAAAUCGCAUUCAUUGUGGAGC